GAUGAGGGAGAGACAGAGAAGGUGGAGUGCAGGCUACAGACAGUACAUACACAGCGGGGUCCAGGGCUCUGAUUCUUUUCGGCCCGGCGGCUGACUUUGGUUGUGUACCUCUCCCUGUGCGAGGUAAACUGCAAUCUGGAUUACAAACCAGGGGCAGAAGAGAGCCGAGCGGAAACGUUUGGAAUGAAAGAGGAAUAAAGAGAUAGCCGAUAGCUUGAAAAAAAAAAGAGGGGAGCGACAUCGCAAAAAACGAGCCACAGAGGAGGAAACAGACCCCAGCCAGACGACCCGUUUGCACGGAUACAGGGAGGCAACAGAGGAGGAGGUGGAAUUAAAGGGAGAAAGGCUGAUAAGUAACACAAGAGAGCAGAGCUAUUAUCACUAGGCAGGUAUGGCAGAUGCGGAGCUGGACUUCCAGACUGGUGAUGCCGGGGCAUCCGCCACCUACCCCAUGCAGUGCUCGGCCCUGCGCAAAAACGGCUUUGUUGUGCUGAAAGGCCGACCCUGCAAGAUCGUUGAGAUGUCCACCUCCAAGACUGGCAAGCAUGGCCACGCUAAGGUGCACUUGGUUGGUAUCGACAUCUUCUCUGGUAAGAAGUAUGAGGAUAUUUGUCCCUCCACCCACAACAUGGACGUCCCCAACAUUAAGAGAAUGGAUUACCAGCUUAUCGGGAUCCAAGAUGGCUACCUGUCCCUGCUCCAGGACAGCGGGGAGGUGAGAGAGGACCUGAAGAUUCCUGAGGGAGACCUGGGCAAAGAGAUAGAGAGCAAGCACGAAGCCGGAGAGGAGAUCCUGAUCACUGUUCUAAAUGCAAUGGAUGAAGAAGCUGCGAUUGGCAUCAAAGCCUUGGGUAAAUAAGCCACUGCAGGAGCAAACGAGAUGCACUGGACCUGGGGAAAAGGAGGGGAUAUUGCCUCGUCAAUGCUAUUCUCCCUCUUUUUUCUUUCUUUUUGUCUUUGUUUUUCAUACUCUUUCUCCCUCACGCUGUUUUCUAACCUUCCUUUGGGUUCAAUUAGAGAUGAACUUUAAUAAAUAAUUGGAAUGUCAAAUGGUUAAAAAAAAAAGGAAAAUUCUCUAUGUACAUUCACCCACAGAAUAAAACAACAUUUAAGUCCAGAGACGUACAGAUGUAAAGAAAAAAGAAAAAAAAAAGACACGUAGAGGAAGGUCUCUCUCUAAAUACUGAGUAAGUCUACAAAUAUUCAGUAGCCACCUACCAUCAGGGGAAAGAAAAGUGAUAAUGUCACAGCUGUUUUUGUUUUUUUAUAUGUUCCCCUGUUUUAUCAAGGGCUUCAACUCUAGACCUGCAUUGUUCAGUUGAGGCUUGUUCAGCGUUUGUGCCGUACAGGACUGAAUACAUGACUCGGUUUUGUCUUUUCCGUAUGGCACUUUUCUUUUGGCAAUUCAUCUGAACAAGCCCCUCCUUCUGCUGUUUAUUUCAUCACCUGAAACUUGUCUAUUAAACAAAGGUUACCAACAUGGCA